AUGAGCAGCCUGCGAGGGGAGUAUGGCUUCCUGACCGUUUACGAUGGCCUCAGUGAGGAGGAGGCUGAAGCGCGUGUGGCCAUCAUGGCCACCAGCUUCGGCAUCCGGGAGUGGCAGUUCUACGACGCAGUGGAAGGAUACUCGACGCCCCCAGCUUUGGGCAAGGAAACUUGGAAGAAUCUGGCCUUCUUCCGCCCGGUCCAGAGGCACAUUCUUGCGGCCUACGUCCGUGCCAUUCGCGCUCUGGGCGGGCGCUCGUGGCUGUAUGUCCAGGCCAUGGCCACCGACCCUGGGGAUACCUUGCUGCAAAUGGAUGCCCCGAUGCUGGGUCAGCACAAGGUGGACGGCCGGCCUUUGCUGGAUGUGGUUCCCCCCACGAGCUCUUGGGCGAAGCGCAUUGCGCCCCGCUGGGCGGCCUUCGCGGCGGAACUGGGGUUUUCGGGCAUCCACUGGGACACCUUGGGCGACUUCGGCCGGGCAUCCGAACAUGGGGCCGACAUGUACGGCUUCUUGGAGAGCGCCCGGCCCAUCGUGGAGGCUGCCGGGCUGGAUCAGACUGCAAACUUCGUCGACGGCUUCGGCUGGGAUGCGCGGCUUCCGACGUCUGGGCUCAUCGCCUUCCCCUACUGGGAGGUCUGGACAGUUCCUGCCGUGUCCAGCAGGUUCUUCCACGAAGCCUGCCCUGCCUCGACCGGGGGCUGCGUCUUUGUUUGCUACCCUGGGAAGGACAGCGUCCACACGGGUCAAUCUCAGAACCGGGGCUUUCACGGCCAUCGGCCGAUGGAGCUGCUGUUGGACCGCUGGACCUUGGCGAAGUGCACAAACAACACGUACCUGGCCGUGGGCGACGGUGACAAACACAUCCAGACAGAGUACUUUCCCUUCACGCGUCAGCUUGAGGACGAUGAGAUCCAUCAGAUCCAAGCCGUCCUUGGUGCUAAACCCUCGGGGUGUGAGGCGCUGCUGAGUAUCUACGCCCCAUCACUGCCGCCGCCACCUUGGCCGGCGUGGUGGCCCUGGCUGUUUUUACUCUUGCUGCUGCCCUUGCCAUGCUUGGGAAGAUGGUUGUGGAGACGGUUGCCACGGAAAUCUCAGAAGCAGCUGCCCCAAGCUCCCCCACAGGAUCCAGGGCAGGUCGAACUGGCGUCAUUGUGGGGAACCGCACUGGCAAGGUCCUCCAAUCGGGAAGCCGCAGCGCAGAAGCAAGGCGAGGAGGAUGCGUGCGCCGGUUAA